AUGUAAGUGUGUGUGAGUAGAUCCACACUGGAUAUACGUUGGUCUUAGUUGUGUCAUAUUCCGUGGUGGAGUUGGCCACAGUUUACAAAGGCUGCCCUGACACUCCCACUGCACCCUCUGCCAACCAGGAGGAGGACUGUCACUGCCGAGCCAGGCGUCCUCUCUCUUCAGCGUCUCCCAGCAGAGUGGCAUUCAUCAUUGGCUUGUUGCAGCUGAAGGAGAAAAGGAGAAAGGUUGGGCUGGCCUGCGGUGCACUGUUCUCCUACAGAGCCAUGUUGCUGUGGUCAGUAUGGAGUGUAAUUUUACUACUGACGACAGUGGACGCUGCAGAGGAGGAAGAUGUGAGAGCAGGCUGCAGCACGGCUGUCAAUGACCUGGUAUACAUCAUUGAUGGCUCAUGGAGCGUUGGCGUCUCGGACUUUGACACUGCCAAGCAGUGGCUCAUCAACAUCACCAGCCAGUUUGAUAUCAGUUCCCACUACACACAGGUGGCUGUGAUACAAUACAGUGACACACCUCGGCUGGAGAUUCCUCUUGGGAAACACCAGGGAGUAGCAGAGCUCAUCAAGGCCAUACGGAGCAUCAGCUACCUGGGAGGAAACACACAGACUGGCAGGGCCAUCAAGUUUGCAGUGGACCACGUGUUUGCCUCCUCCCAGAGGGGCAAUCUGGUCAAGAACCGCAUCGCUGUGGUGGUUACAGAUGGCAAAUCACAGGAUGAUGUGGUUGAUGCCAGCAUGGAGGCUCGAGCACAGAGUAUUACUGUAUUUGCUGUGGGAGUUGGCACUGAGAUCACCACUUCAGAGCUGAUCUCCAUUGCCAAUAAACCUUCAUCUACCUAUGUCCUGUAUGCUGAAGAUUACACCACCAUCGAUCGUAUUCGAGACUCCAUGGAGCAGAAGCUUUGUGAAGAGUCUGUUUGUCCCACACGAAUCCCAGUGGCAUCCCGUGAUGAGAAAGGCUUCGAGCUGAUGGUGGGCAUGAACAUUCAGACCAAGGCAAAGAAGAUCCCUGGCUCUUUAGUUUCUGAGACUGCCUAUGCCCUUGCUGCCUCCACAGACAUUACUGAGAACACCAGGGAGAUUUUCCCAGAAGGCCUUCCUCCAUCGUACGUGUUUGUGUCCACUCUACGUCUGAAAGGGAUCUCUAGCAAGCUGUCCUUUGACCUUUGGAGGGUGCUGUCAAAGGAUAAGGCGAUCCAAGCUGCAGUAACACUGAGCGGAAAAGACAAAACUGUUACCUUCACCACCACCAGUACGACAGAGAAAGAGCAGAAAGCUGUCUUUAAAACAGGCUUUCAGACUCUUUAUGAUGGAAAAUGGCAUCAGAUUAAAGUACUAGUGAGGCAUCGCCAGGUCACCGGUUUCCUUGACGACCAGCGCAUCCAGGAACUAAUGCUGAAACCGGUGGAGCCAAUUUACAUCAAUGGGGAAACGCAGGUGUCUAAGAGGCGAGGAACAGACAUCACUGUACCUGUGGAGAUUCAGAAGCUGCGUCUCUACUGUGAUCCCCAUCAGAGCGAGAGAGAAACAGCUUGUGAAAUCUACUCCGUCGAUGAUGAAAGGUGCCCUCUGAAUAGAAGUGCCACAGUGGAAGAAGAAGACUGCGAUUGUGUAGUCGGCCCACCAGGACCCACGGGUGAAGCAGGUCCGACAGGAGCAAGGGGAGCACCUGGUCCUAAAGGUGCAAAGGGAGACAGAGGCGAGCCAGGCUUAACAGGAGAACCAGGUCUCCCAGGACCUAAGGGUCUCCCUGGUGAGAGAGGAGAGCCAGGACCUCCAGGAGAAGCUGGGCCGAUGGGGGAGCCUGGAGCUCCAGGCCGUGUCGGACUGGUUGGCGCGCUGGGACCAAAGGGAGAGAAGGGUGAUACUGGGCCAACUGGUGCUGCUGGAGCUCAAGGUGCCCCGGGGGCGCGGGGACCUCCUGGUGAACCAGGUCAACAGGGUGAAAAGGGGUUGCCUGGCCCACAAGGUCCCCCUGGAAUAAAGGGAACACUGGGAGCCCCAGGGCCCCGGGGGCCGCCUGGAGAGAUUGGCCGAGAUGGUCCCAAGGGGAGCUGUGGAGAUCCAGGAGUGGUUGGUCCUGUUGGUCCACCAGGCCUGACGGGAUCAAGUGGAGAACCAGGCGUUCCAGGGCUGCCAGGGGCCAUGGGUCUGCCAGGGUUCAAAGGUCAUAAGGGGGAGAGAGGUGAACCUGGGUCCAAAGGAGCACAGGGGGAGCGAGGCAGAGACGGAGAUCUCGGGAGUCCCGGCGUGCCGGGCGAAGUGGGACCCAGGGGAUGGAAAGGAGAGAAAGGAGUGACAGGUGAUACGGGCCCCAGAGGACCCGAUGGAAAGAAGGGUGACAUGGGCCACAUGGGUGUCAUUGGUCCCAGGGGAUUUCCCGGACAGGAUGGGUCGCCAGGCCAACCGGGCCAACCAGGCCAACCGGGAUAUCCUGGCAAACCUGGUAAGCCUCCCUCAGACGAACAUCUCGUAAAGCUCUGCACUGAUGUUCUGCGUAACCAGCUGCCAGCAUUGCUACAGAGCCUGACUCCUCACUCUAGGUGUGAACCCUGCCAGGGUGUGAAGGGUCCUCCAGGUGAGCCGGGAGCACCGGGACCCAAAGGCUCCAUGGGAACUCCAGGCUACCCUGGCAGAAAUGGCGCUCCUGGUUACCCAGGACCUCCUGGAAUACAGGGCCCCGCAGGCCUCAAAGGUGACAUGGGACCCAGAGGGUUGAAAGGCAGAAAAGGAGAUGGAGACCAGGGACCACCAGGACCACCUGGGCACCAAGGGAUUCAGGGUCCCCGUGGCUUUGAUGGGAUUGGCCAGCCGGGCAACCAGGGAAUCCCAGGCAAACCGGGCCCACCGGGAGAUCCUGGCAAAAGGGGUAGCCCAGGACUUCCAGGGGUUUGUGACAUCUCUAUGUGCUAUCAGACCUACAAUCUCAGGGAACACUACAGCAAAGGACCACACAUCUGAUGACAUGGGAGUGAGAAAGGUUGCGUUUGACUUGGCACACACUGCUGACACCUUUAAGACAGAGAUAUCUGCAGCCAAGGCAGUUGUAACCUCAUGAGCUGGUAUGAACAGAAAUAGGGAGGGCAUUGAUUCAUGAUCACUGAAUUCAUGAUCAAAGAGGGUCAAGCUGGCUAGCGUCCUAGAUAUUUUAAACUUCUAAAGUUUAAAUAGUGAAUUCUAAAUCCUGAUUGAGUCAGACGAACACCAAGAGCUGUAACUGAGUCGCAUUGUUUUUGUCAGUGUAAGAGGCAAGAAGGCCAGGAAUCUGAAUAAUAAUAAAUAUGUCUACCUCCUUGUUUACCUGAAUUACUGUUUAAGUUAAUGAUACAGAAGGCAAAUAUGAUUAAUACCCUCAACAAAUAUGUAUAACCUCUAUUAAUUAAAUCGUGGGCUAAUGUGAGAAAAGCACAAUUACUAUAAACUGCAUAUUAAAAUAUUAAAGAAAUAGAAAAGGAUCAGUUCUUAUGCUGUGCUUGGAACCUCUGCUUUUCUACUGAGGAUCAGCCAGUGAGGUUAUUUCUGUCGUCUGUGCAGCUCUGCCUCUGAGAAAUGAUGCCAUCUGCAAAUGGUAAAAAGUGCAGCACCUGCCGCGAUGAUGAAUCCGGAUCUGUUGUAUGGAACACACCAUUUCACAUGAUUAUGUUGUGGUUCGCUAAACGCUUUGGUCAAACAUAUGAAUCUAAACAAAGUUCAAAGGUUCAUAACUGAUAAAGAUCUUGAGCUCCUUCAGGGGCACAGUACAUGUAGUCACUAAAGGUGGAAAAACAUAUUUAUGUCAUGUUUUGUGCACAGAGCAUCACAAUUUGUUCAAAUCCAAAGCUGUGACAGAUGGGUUGUUUUUGUUUUCAUGAAACCUGUUACUGCUUUUAAUCUGUCAUAUAUGUUUUCUUGUUUGCCAGUAUUAUGUAUUCACUUUGCAUUCCUUUUGUGUUCAUGUGGCUUACUGUAAAACCUCUGUCAGUGGCCUUAAUUCACCUCAUCUGCAGAAUGAACAAGUCCUUUAUAUUUGAAGCUUAAAUUAAGUUCUUUCUUCUUCUUUCAGGUGUGUAUUUUAUUUUAAAAACAAACUAAUUGUAAUAUUGCUGCUUAAGCCACUUACUUGCAAGUGAAAAGGUCAUCCAUGUCUUCAACAUUAUCCAUCGUGUUUCUGCUUUGGAUUUCUUUUCUCUAUUUUUAAUACCGUUAAAAUCAUUAAUUAUUUCUAGUCACUUUCCUUUUUCAAUCAUUUAUUCUGCCUUAUAAAUUAUACAGCUUUUUUUUUUAUCUUAACAGUCUCCAAACACCUCACAGGGCACAAUCCAUCACAUCCUAGACCCUUUUAAUUUGAAAUUACUGGAGGAAGUGUGGAGUUUUAUUAAUUUCAACCUGAAAACACAAAAACUAAAAACAGAUAUAUGAUUCAGACUCACGGGAGCCUGAGUAGUGAGUACUGUAGUAAUAUUAAUAUUCAAACACACCCUUAUAGCUGAGAAUUAAAAACAAACUCUUCCUAAUGAUAAAGCUAAGAAUGAGAAAGUCGUGCUUGACAGUGUUAGCAGAAUUUAGCACAGGUCAAUGUACUGAUAAAAACAGGGUACUAUCUAUAUCGUGGUUUUCAAAGAUAUAUUAUUGCAGCAGUGAAUAUAUUUGGCAACAUGUUGCUAUUUAGAAUUUUUUUUACAAAAAUGAAACGCCUAUAACAGCGUUGGAACAGAAAGUUAUGAUACGGACGCAAUUUACAAACAGCAAAACAGUAUACAUGUUAUUUUUAAAUAGGUUUUACUUUGUCAAUGCAUACAAUGUCCUUUUUUAAAAUUUCUUCAUAUUUGGAGAAAACGCUCACAUUUACUGUAGACAAUCAGAAUACUCAUUAAGAGGAAAUGUCUCUGUGACCUCAUGAAGCAAAACUUCUUACCCUCAUUAUGCAGAGUAUCUAUAAAUAUGUGAACUGACCAACCUUUGGUCCCAGGCUCAGUUGGAGCAGCAGCAGUUGUUUGGACUUCAAGUUUGGGUUCAUAGGCUGCCGCUUGGUUAAUUGUCACCACAAAGGCCCCAGUGCUCCACAGAAUACUUUCUUGGUCUUACACAGCGUCACAGUCACAGAACAAUGAACUGAAUUAGGCAUCCCUCUUAAAUGUAAGUAUGUUUAGUCGUCCUACAGCAGGAUCACAAUGUGAACAAAUUCAUUUUACAAUUAUAUGUUAAUGAUUUUACGAUACAGUACAAAACAUAGCAUUUUAAUGCUAACAGGCUAACAUUUAAAUAUUCCUUUUAUUGUGUUUUUUAAUUAACAAAUUCUCUCCAUUCUUUACCCAACUGAUAGCUAACAGUUAACAAAAUCAACUCUGCUUAGCUGUGUACAGAAAUGAGUGGAAAGAUGGAGCCUAAUAGGGCAGUUUUAUCAGAUCCAGGUAGACGGACUUAGCAUGAUGCAGCGUAUCCUUGCUAACUGUUCUAGACAAUAUUCAGUGAGCAUUUUCAUACAGGAAUAAUCAGUGAAACAAUGAAUGCAAGUACUGGGACACAAUAUGGUAAUUAUUUUUUCACACAACAUCUCCGUCAGCAUUUGUACAAGGUGUUUGUUUUCAUAGGGAACGGCUCCCAGAGAUUCCCAAUUCCACGUAUGGUUAGGAUUGAUAAGGCAUGUUAUCACUUGUAGACUGGAAGGCUUUAAAUUUAGGAAGCCAAUUUCCCAACAAGUCUGGUGUUUAAGAUUUUUAAUUUUUCACUUGUCAGAAUAAACUUGGCAAGAUUCAUAUGACUGCUGCGAGUGGGGAUAGAGUACAGUUAAACUGAGUUUUUAAAACCCCAGCAAUAAAAUUCUGACCAGUGCCUUCACCAUGAUGAACGGCUUUUAAAACAUCCAAAUUCAUUUUUGCAGAAAAAUUAGUGUCUACAACAAGUGAGUCCAAUAUCCAUUAAUAUGUGUAUAGGCUAGAAAUAGAUAUGAAAGUGGUUUAUCCUCAUUUGCCUGAAAAUGAAAAACAUUUACCCAUUUGUAGAAAUAAUGGGAUUUUCAUCAGGAAACUCUUUCAGAUUAGAACAUUUAAAUGCAGCCAUUUUGCAUUCAUUGGUUUCCACUGAGUAAUAUGACAUAAACAUUAACAUAAUGUUAAUAAGUUUAUAUUGCGCAUAGUUAUUAACUGAUCACUCAUCUGAAUUUGUUUCUUUGUUUGGUUCCUGUUCAAAGUGUAAUUAUUGUUGAAUAUGUAUAAUCAGAAAUGUCAGUGUGGGAGUUAUUUCCUGUUUUCACCGUCCUAUUUAUGCGAAUGCACAAAUGUGUGUUAACAAGCGUGUGUUUCUCUUCAGCAGUCAAUGCUGUCAAAAAGAUGCUAAAACUUUCCUGUCAUUGUGUUGCUAUACACAGUGUGCUUUGAGGCAGCAGCCAAGAAGGGUGUAGUUUGUGUCUGUGAACACCCGUGUGUACACCUGUGUGUACACCUGUGUGGA